GUCUAUCGACGUCAGGAGGUUAAAGUUGAGCCGUGCUCUCACCAGCGUUACUAAACCAGCCGUCUUACAGCAACUGCUCGCUUUCAAGACAGCACGGCGGUAGCAUAGGGAGCAAAAAGAAACCAAAAUGCUAUUCUCAAUGUUACGGACUACGAUAUCUUGCGGUUGCAGAUGUGCUGGCAAGGGUUUUCAACAGAGCAGCCAUCAGCGUCCACAGCUUCGACAAUGGUUUGUGAAGAGAAACCGGAGCUCCAUCAGCGUAGAGGCAGGAUCUCCCUCCACCCCAACAACAGCAAUAGCUGUACCCAACGCAGCAACAAACCGCAUAGUGGGUCGCUGGUUGCUCGGCUGCAGCGGACUCGUGGUUGGGGCGGUGGUCUUAGGUGGUGUCACAAGGUUAACCGAAUCUGGGCUCUCAAUGGUUGACUGGCAUCUGGUGAGAGAGAUGAAACCACCUCAGUCUGAGUCAGAGUGGGAGGCUGAGUUUUCUAAGUACAAGCAAUUCCCGGAGUUCAAAAUCCUUAACCAUGAGAUGACUCUGCCUGAGUUUAAGUUCAUCUUCUACAUGGAGUGGGGUCACCGCAUGUGGGGUAGGCUGGUUGGACUGGCAUACAUCCUGCCCACUGUGUACUUCUGGAGAAAAGGAUACUUCAAUCGUUCCCUGAAGGGAAAAGUGUUGGGGCUGUGUGGAUUUGUCGUCUUCCAGGGCCUUCUUGGAUGGUACAUGGUAAAAAGUGGUCUGGAGGAGAAGCCUGAAUCCCAUGAUGUCCCUCGGGUCAGCCAGUACCGUCUGUGUGCUCACCUUGGUUCUGCCUUGGUGCUCUACUCUGCUAGUCUCUGGACUGGUCUUAAUCUGCUGCUGCCUGCACACAAGAUGGCAGACACAAGACGCCUCAUGCAGCUCAGAAGGUUUGCAAAGGGUACUGGUGGACUGGUCUUCCUAACUGCUCUCUCAGGUGCCUUUGUUGCUGGUUUGGAUGCUGGGCUGGUGUAUAACUCCUUCCCUAAGAUGGCGGAUAAAUGGAUUCCUGAUGAUAUACUGGCCUUCUCUCCUGCUCUUAAAAACAUCUUUGAAAAUCCCACCACAGUGCAAUUUGACCACAGAAUUUUGGGUAUUGGGUCUUUGACAGCAAUCACCGGCCUUUAUCUAUUCUCAAGGAGGAUGGUGCUACCCAAAAGGACUAAGAUCGCCAUCAGCCUUCUUGCAGCAAUGGCUUAUACUCAGGUAGCCCUUGGCAUCAGCACACUUCUACUGUAUGUUCCCACUUCAUUGGCAGCAACGCACCAGUCAGGCUCUGUCGCUCUUCUGACUUUUGCCAUUUGGGUUCUGGCAGAGCUUCGUAAAAUGCCAAAGUAAAAUCUUCUCCUUUGUGGACAUAUCCAAACCUGUUUAGCCACAUGACAAGCCUGAAAAGUCUUAGGUGGAAGUAAAAUGAACCAACAGUGAAAAAGAAGAGAGAUGAUCCUUAUUUAACACUGUGGUGUUACUUAUCUGCUAUAACUAUAAAAAGAAAUGGGGGCGACAGAGUGGAUGGAGACUUAGUCCUCAAUGCAGUCAUCUGGGGUUCAAAUCCCAAUCUCAACCUUUGGUUGGGGGCUGAGGGUUUUACAUGAACAAAACCUCCAUCCUGUUUCUAUUCCAUUUUUUGCUAAAAAAAAAAUGGCCACUACCAAGAAAAUCGCAGCCUUUAUUUAUUUUGCCUGUUUUACCAUGUACACACAUGAUAUACAGCCAUGUUGGCUUAUCGGUUUUACACUGGUUGCUAGUUGCAGUGUUUUCAUUCUUGAGAUGACAUGUAAUUAUAUAAUAAAGUAAUGGUCUGUAUUUUGUUUAUUUUAAUGUAUGAGUAUGAAGUACAGCAUUUGAAAGAGUCUAACCUAAGGUUUUCAUGUUUGUAAAGGAAAAUGCAUUUAAUUUGUUUAAAACAAAAGAUAAAGAUCCUCUUGUUCUAUUUGCAAGAUGCUUAGGAAGGCUUGGCAACUUAAUCAAAGUCCUAUUGUGACUUAAUUGAACUGAAAUCCAUUUUUGUGCCACCAAAGUUCUCCCUGAUUAUUGUUUUUCCUGAAUAACAUAUUUUAUUAUAUAACCACAAUUCUUUUAGAAAGAUUGAUAAUGAAAACAAUAUAAUCAUUAAGAAAGCUAACUCAAAAUAAGAAUACAAUAGAUUUCAUAAAGCCUUUUGUCCAUGAUGUUUUACAGUUAGUGGGUUUACAGUGUAAGUCUAAUGUUUGGAAAACCCAUAAUAUUCUCAUUCAAUUUAGCAACAUGUUAUUGCAGGUGAGUUGCUCACAGGGUUGUGGCAAAUGACUGUGCCAAAACACUUAAAAAAAUUAAAAUUUUAAACGACCUAAAAUACUACCUUCUCCAAAAUGACUGCUUGUUUUUUAAACAGGUUUCUAAUCCAUGGUGAACAAAGUGGAAGUUUAUUGCUAGAGAUGGCGCACCCCUCUGUGCACCACUGUGCCAGUCGGUUCUAAAAGGCAACAGAAAAUCCAUUGCAUCACCAAACUGAACACAAUCUGCUGGGAAUAUAUGAACAUACAGUUAAAUUACUGUUUUUAUAAACAUUAAAUCUCAAAAUGAAUAAUUCCUAAAAAUGACUGAGAAAACAGUACUGAGCAUUGCCUGAUUAAGAAAAUCUAUGUAGUCACAUUGAUGUCGGUGGAGGGGAUGGCGUGAUGGUUUGCAGGAGGUUGGAGUCCAGCAGCCAUACUACGUGGAAACACAACUUAGUCCUUCAUGCCUAUAUAACAGCCUGGGUGCUGUACAGCAAGGAGGGAAUGGACUCUUCUCUCUCCCCCUCUUGGCCAUGGUUAUCCUCCAGGGUAUGGGUUGGUCUAGCUUUGCUUUGCUUUGGCUUGGCCUGGUCUGCUUAAGUUUGGUUUGUUUGAUAUAACGCUCAGCAUUUACAUUCAACAUUGUUGCUCAUUCACAUUGACAUGACUGAUUUUGCUGACUAUACAGAAAUGUUGUUAGUUUUAUUUCAAAUAAAUAUUUAUAAAUUGUU